UGUGCGUGUGUGUGUGGGGUGGAGUUGCUCUGCUGUUGGUUUCUGGAGAAACGCUUUCGGACUUCACGUGAUACUUUCGUCCCCGCGGUUCACCAUCAUGCAGCCUGGCAUGCCAUCUGAUUUCAAAUUAGAUGCCAUCAACCGUCACGGCUAUGAGGAGCACGAGAUAAGCCAUUUAGAUGGAGAAGUGGCGUCAUCAGGUGCAAGAAGUAAUUUAGCAUUCAGGAUGGUAGAUGAUGCUGAAAAGCAAGGAUUGAGAUCAACUAACGGCACCGUGUCCAACAAAGAACAUAGAUCAAUUCAUGACCGGUUUUUUAGAGGGAACCGAGCAGCUAUGAGUGAAAGUAUCAGCCUUCCAAUUCAUGAUGGUGCAAAGCGUGAGAAUGGAUCAGCAAGAAGAUCUGGACCUCUGGUAUCUGGAACAGCUUACUGCAUUUCCUCUUGCAGUAUGAUAUUGCUAAACAAAGUUGUCCUAUCAAGUUAUAACUUCGAGGCUGGAAUAAGUUUGAUGUUUUAUCAAAAUUUGAUUAGUUCGGUAAUUGUAGCUGUCCUGGGUCUAUUCGGAGUAGUUUCAGUGGAAAAGCUCAAUUGGAAGCUCAUUAGGGUCUGGCUCCCUGUGAAUAUUAUCUUCAUUGGCAUGCUUGUUUCAGGCAUGUAUAGUUUGAGAUAUAUAAACAUUGCAAUGGUGACAAUUUUGAAGAAUGUAACAAAUAUUCUGACAGCAAUUGGUGAAUUGUAUAUAUUCCGGAAGCACCAGAACCAGAAGGUUUGGAUUGCUAUGUUUCUAAUGAUAAUCUCUGCUAUCACUGGUGGUAUCACUGACCUCUCCUUUGAUUCGGUGGGCUACGCAUGGCAAUUCUUAAAUUGUGUUUUUACAGCAAGUUAUUCGCUCACUCUGCGUCGGGUGAUGGACAAAGCUAAACAAUUCACAAGAUCUGGAUCUCUCAAUGAAGUCUCAAUGGUCUUGCUGAAUAAUUUAUUAUCUCUACCUUUCGCCGUCUUCUCUAUCCUACUCUUUGGUGAAUGGCAGUACAUAGUAAAUACGGACGUAAUAAGAAUGCCCAUGUUUUGGGUUGUUGCGACAGCUAGUGGAUUGUUUGGACUCGCCAUUAGCUUUACCUCUAUGUGGUUUCUGCAUCAAACUGGGCCAACCACUUACAGUCUGGUGGGUUCCUUAAACAAGAUUCCCAUCUCUAUCGCUGGUCUACUUGUGUUCAAGGUUCCACUAAGUGUACCCAACUUUUUCAGUAUUCUAUUUGGUCUAUUUGCCGGAAUAUUUUUUGCAAGGGCCAAAAUGUCUUGAUCGCAAAACCUAGGCACUCUAUGAAGGAAACUAAUUCUGGCUGAUAUGGAUCUCCUAAUGGAUGAACAAGCAGAGGUUCUGCACACGAUGAUGAUUUUUUCAAUGUUUCCAUAAUUCAGGGCAGUUUUGUUUUCUAAGAGGUUCAGGUAUUCCGCUUCUGAAGUGAGUAUGAUCUCCGUUGACCAGAGGCAAAAUAACAGUUUGCAUCCGUGUUGUAUCAUUGGCAAUCUAGGCAAAUAGCAGCAAAGCGAUUUUUUCCCCAAAGAAUAGCUUUCCCAUGGAAUUUUGUAUCAGAGCUGUGCUAAUGCGGUAUUCUUCAAUUCGACUAUUCAGUGCU